AAUGUAGAGCAUUCCCAUUCAUUAGCCUUACAACAAGUUCAUCGGAGAUCCAAUUUUACUGCAACAGAAGCAAAGCUCAGACGUUUGUCAUGAAGUAUUUUUCAUCGUUGUUCAUCGGAAUCGCGCUCUUAGCACUUCUUCAAGCCGAGACCGUGAUCGCAGCGGCCAGGGCAAGGCAGGCGCCACUACUUAGCAAGGGCUUGCGUCUGUAUGGCGACUCACGCGGGGCAGGCGACAUUGAAAUAGGACCCGAUCCGACCUUCAUUUGUCCACCCAACACUCCCGUUGCUCCUCAUCCGGAAAGAUGUGAAUUGUACUACACCUGCUAUCCUGGAUAUCCUGUCACUCUUUGGCAAUGCUUUUCAGACUAUUUGUUUGACCUUAACUACUCGGGUUGCAAUUAUCCUAUGGAGGUCGACUGUGGAGCACGAAAGCGUCCUGCUACGAGUGUGCAGACGACCGUUCCAACCCUGAUACCCACAACCACUCCACCGUGCAAUACUGUACCAUCGAACCAACCGACUUUCAACUGCCCUACACCCGACGGAUUCUUUGCCAUUCCCAACAAAUGCACAGGAGACUAUUAUGUGUGCGUCAGCGGAUCUCCAUACGUAUCGACUUGUCCAAAUGGUAACAUUUUCGAUCCCGUAACAAGAAUCUGUACAUCGCCUACAAAUGCCAGUUGCACGACACCUGUUUUCACCUGCCCUACGGCUGAUGGUUUUUACCCAAUUCCAGGUGCCUGCAGCAACUCGUACUAUGCUUGUGUCGGGAAUGUGUCGUACGUACAGAAUUGUCCUGGAACUACGAUUUUUGAUCCUGUAACGAAAAACUGCGUGCCGGCAGCAAAUGCUACUUGCACAGCUUCCAACAGCACGACAGCAAUGCCUGGUAUGACCACUCCAACAACGCCGACUACAAAGCCCACUACAACGACAAUGACACCAACGCAUUCAAUGUCGACAACCACAACCACAAGAUCGACGACAACGACACCCACAAUUACGACCCCAACAACAACGACACCAACAACGACGACCCAAACAACAACGACGCCAACUACGACGACCCCGACAACAACGACGACACCAACAACGACGACCCCAACAACGACACCAACAACAACGACACCAACAACGACGACCCCUACAACAACGACGCCAACUACGACGACCCCAACAACAACGACACCAACAACGACGACCCCAACAACAACGACGCCAACUACGACGACCCCGACAACAACGACGACACGAACUACUACAACACCAACAACGACGACCCCAACAACAACGACGACACGACCUACUACAACACCCACAACAACGAAACCCACAACAACGACGCCGACUACAACGUCAACAACAAUCCGCACGACAACUGUGGGACCAUUCACCUGCCCGACGUCGCAUGGCUAUUUCCCCGUUCCAGGUGUUGCAUGUAGUACGCAGUAUUAUAUGUGCUCCAACUAUUACGCGUAUCUUAUGGACUGUUCCAUGCCCACUGUUUACAAUCCGGCCAUCCAGACCUGUGAUUGGAGUUAUAACGUAGCGGGUUGUCAAACAAUGCGGAUGGCUUUCAAGUCCUUGAAAAGGAACAUCUAAAUCAUCACUUCGCUGUUGCAUAACACCAGGAGAAGCAGAUUUCAAGCUUCAACGAUGACCCAUUUUAACCACUUAAAAAUCUAUUAAUCUAAAAAUAUUAUAUCCUGGUAGUAGAAUGAAAGAAUUACUUGUAUACAUUCUGUCUAGCACAUUGCACUCAUAAAUAUUGCAACAUUUAUUCAGCAUUAGACCGCUGACAGCUCCCAAAUCUUCUAGACUGAUUUACGGUCCAAGCGCUUACAGAAUUGCAUUUGCUUGCAUCAUCGGGGCUGAUGUUGUCAAAAUGUAAUGUCUCAUUAUCACACAGUCAACACUUGUUUAAGCACUUAAUCUGAUGGAAAUGUUGUGUUACACAAGCUGACCCUGACAUUUACAAUCCCUAUGUUCUCAAAAAGUACAAUGCUGAAAACCGA